CCUAGCAAUGAGCUGACCACCUUUGCUGGACGAAGCUCCCGGCUCAAAUGUCCAAGUCUCCACCACAUGCGAAAGGCUCCACCGGGACCUGCAGCAGCGGGAUUCAAUUGCGUUGCAAUGGCGACAUGCACCGGGGACUCCCGCGCGGUAGCGUAUGGCAAGCUUUGGGAGCUGUGUCUGCUUGAUCCAAAUGCUUGGGAUGUUCUUCGUCCUGUAUGUAGAUUCUCACACAGCGCCCAGCAGCGAUUGCGAUCAUAGCCUUGUGCAACCCUCCCCUCCUUGCAAUAGACGUCUCCUGAACUGUCGCCGUCCGAAAAGUCCUCGUACCUAUGUGCGUAUGGCGUAUGCAAUGGCCGGAAACGGUGAGUAUCGAGAACAAAAGAAAGUCGUCGUCUUGCGGUCAUACGUUAAGCAAAGCGGUCAGCGAUCAAUGAAGCUGAUAUCGAAAGGGAAAUGGGAUGUGUUAUUAUUAACGUUAUUGCCUAGCAAAUCUGACGUCUUGUCCCACUCCACGGACCCACCGCCCGGGGACGGAUUCCUUCAUGAACUCCGAUGCCGUGGGUGGGACCUGCGAACGCAGCCUCGCUGCAAGCUAGGUCCCACGCGGUUGUCCAGGUGGUCCCUCCAGGAAAGUCAGCUGAGCAGCCUAUGCGCAUUUACGUUGGUUUCCAUCCUUGUACCGGCCGCACCUUCUUAUUUAAUGAGUGAUACAAGAUCGGGUCGUCGGAAGGGAGGAAGAAGAUUUGGCAGGAAAGCCUCAACUCAAGAUUGCCUGUUGCUAGCCUCGUAGGGUCAGGGGCAGUUUCGAGGUCGCCGGGCAGCCCACGAUGGCGGUGAAUCGGCCACAAGUGGACACCAGCCGCCCGUCUCUGUAAUUCACCGAACGGAACCUGCCUGGCAAGUUGCGGCCCGUCUCUCGAGGCUGGGCAUGCUUUGCAGCGGAUGGGUUGCUGGCUCGUUUCGCAGGAGA